CAUUUCAAUGCUGACAGCCAGUUAGUCCCAUCGAGCUCCAGAGGCCACGAAGCAAAAAACAAAGCAAAACAUCGUUCCAAGGCUGCACAAAUCAUCAGGAUGAUCACAACCUGUUGCAGAGAGCAACUGAGUGAGCUGAAGUAAGAAGGAUGUCUUCAAUCUUAACGAGAACCACAGCGAGCAGGCUGCUUUUCAUUAAAUCUGUUCAGCAAAGCCAAAGGCCGACCAUCUACAGCAAGCCGCCCAAGGAAAGGAUUGGACCAGCGCAGUCCUUCUUUGCCCUGUGUGUGUUUGCUAUGACUCUCCUGGCCCCAGCUGGAUGGAUUCUGCAUCACAUCCCCGAAUACAGGCAGGGAUCAGCUCCACAACCAUGACAUUUGGAAAAAGCUCCCUCAUUCAGAUAACUCUGUACUUAUGUUUCUGCACUUGGUUCUUAAGCAAAGGAAAGACAAUGCUCUUUAUUUACUCAGACUCCAUGAUUAAUUUAAAUUUUUUUUUUC